CGAAAAGCCCUAAUGAAGUAUACCCCCAGGGGUGCCCGAGAGGGGGGGAGGAUGAGCACCCCAACAGGACUGAUGAACAGGCAAAGAACCGGAAUGGAAAAACGACUACGAGUGCAGUCUGUCCAUGUGGCAAAGUCUGCAAGAACCCGCAUGGUCUAAAGAUCCACCAGACCAAAAUGAAAUGUUUGACGGGGAGGCAGGUGGUGCAACGCACAGGUCCAGUGCCUGGUGAGACGCAGGAGGAGCCCGGCCAGGAGUCAACCCACAGUGCCCAGACCCUCCACGCCCCACAAGUCCUUCCUCGUUUCAAGCAUUCCGAACAUCGUCGGGUUAUGUGGCCUGCUGCCAACAAAGAAAGAGAAUGGCUCCAGUUUGAUGAAGAUCUGAACCAAGUCCUUGAUGCUACUGCAAGGGGAGAUGCGGACCAGAAGCUGCUAUCAAUGUCUGCAAUGAUCAUCAACAUCGGAGCAGAAAGAUUUGGCAUAAAGGAACAACAGCCAACCAGACGCUCAGGAGAGCCAAACAGACGGGAGCUAAAAAUCAGCCAGCUGCGGCAGGAACUUCGACUGCUUGGUCGGCAGUUUAAGGUGGCAAGAGAGGAGGAGAAGGCCGGGUUGUCAGAGCUCCGAAGCGUACUGAGGAAAAGGCUUGUCACCCUCCGUCGAGCAGAGUGGCAUAGAAGGAGAGGUAGAGAGAGAGCCAGGAGACGUGCAGCCUUCAUCUCAAAUCCCUUUGGGUUCACCAAGAAGAUCCUUGGUCAAAAGAGAAGUGGCCAUCUUGCCUGCACUGAAGAGGAGGUCAAUACAUACCUCAAUGCCACCUACAGUGACGAUGCAAGAGAGGAAGAGCUUGGGCCAUGCAGAACCUUGAUAACCCCGCCAAUACCCACCUCAGCUUUCAACACGAAGGAGCCAACUUUCAAAGAAGUUGAGGAGGUUGUCAAGGCAGCGAGAUCAAAUUCAGCACCAGGCCCCAGCGGAGUGCCAUAUGUUGUUUACAAGAGAUGCCCCAGACUCUUGAGGCGACUAUGGACAAUCCUCAGGGUCAUCUGGAGAAGGGGGAAGGUGGCACAGCAGUGGAGACACGCAGAGGGGGUCUGGAUUCCAAAGGAGGAGAGCUCAAGUACCAUCGAGCAAUUCAGGAUCAUCUCACUCCUCAGUGUCGAGGGCAAGAUAUUCUUCAGUAUUGUUGCCCGGCGCUUGAUGGAGUUCCUCCUGAGGAACACUUAUAUCGACACCUCUGUGCAGAAGGGAGGAGUCCCGAAGGUCCCAGGAUGCAUCGAGCAUACAGGAGUCGUUACCCAGCUGAUCCGGGAGGCACGAGAAGGCAAAGGAGAUCUGGCAGUCCUUUGGCUUGACCUGGCCAAUGCCUACGGGUCCAUGCCACACAAGCUGGUGGAAGCCUCGCUCGACCGACACCACGUUCCAGGCAAGAUCAAAGACCUCAUACUGGACUAUUACAGCUGCUUCAGUCUGAGAGUCACUUCUGGAGCCGUAACAUCUGCAUUUCAUCGGCUGGAGAAAGGCAUUAUCACAGGAUGCACCAUUUCUGUGGUAUUGUUUUCUUUGGCCAUGAAUAUGCUGGUUAAGUCAGCAGAGGUAGAGUGCAGAGGACCACUCACCAACUCUGGUAUGCGUCAGCCUCCCAUCCGAGCAUUUAUGGAUGACCUGACGGUGACUACAACAUCUGUCCCGGGCUGUAGAUGGAUCCUCCAAGGCCUAGAACAUCUCAUCAACUGGGCCCGGAUGAACUUCAAGCCAGCCAAGUCCAGGUCCCUGGUGGUGAAAAAGGGGAAGGUUUCAGAGAAGUUCCGCUUCUCAAUAGGAGACACCCAAAUUCCAUCUGUGGGAGAGAAGCCAGUCAAGAGUCUAGGCAAGAUCUAUGACUGCACCUUGAGGGACACUGCAGCACUCCAAGCAACAACGGAGGAGUUGGGAACCUGGCUGACAGCAGUGGAUAAGUCAGGGUUACCAGGCAAGUUUAAAGCCUGGCUUUACCAGCACGGUAUCCUGCCUCGACUGCUCUGGCCACUGCUUGUUUACAACGUGCCAAUCACCACCGUCGAGUGCUUCGAGAGGAAGGUCAGCUCUUUCCUGCGGAAGUGGCUGGGCCUACCACGAAGCCUCAGCAGUGUCGCCUUGUACGGGAGGAACAACAAGCUUGAGCUACCCUUCAGCAGUUUGACGGAGGAGUUCAUGGUGACCCGAGCAAGAGAGGUGCUGCUGUAUAGGGACUCCAGGGACAUCAAAGUCUCCUCUGCUGGCAUAGAAGUCAGGACUGGCAGGAAGUGGUGUGCCCAAGAGGCAGUCAACCAGGCUGAGUCCCGCUUGCGGCACAGUGAGCUGGUGGGAACAGUGGCAUCAGGGCGGGCAGGACUGGGAAGCAACCCUAGACCCUCCUACAACAAGGCCAAGGGGAAGGAAAGGCGUCAGCUGAUCCAGGAGGAGGUCCGGGCAGGUGUGGAGGAAGCCCGCUGCAGUAGGAUGGUAGGGAUGCGGCAGCAGGGGGCGUGGACUCGCUGGGAGGAGGCAGCGGCUCGGAAGGUUUCGUGGUCAGAGUUAUGGCGAUCCGAGCCACACCGGAUCAAAUUCCUCAUCCAGUCCGUCUAUGAUGUACUCCCAAGCCCAUCCAACCUCCACCGUUGGGGCUUGGCUGAGAAUCCACUGUGCCCUCUCUGCCAGAAAGCAGGAACACUGGAACAUAUCCUUAGCUGCUGCCCAAGAGCACUGGGAGAGGGACGCUACCGGUGGCGCCAUGACCAAGUGCUACGCGUCAUUGCAGAGGCCAUCAGCACAGGGAUCUCCACCAGCAAACACCAACAACCAGCAAGGCAGGCCAUCGCCUUUGUUAAGGCUGGGGAGAAACCACAGCAGCUAAGGAGACAACCAGGGGGGCUGCUGGCAACAGCCAGGGACUGGCAGUUGAAGGUUGACCUAGGGAGACAGCUCAAAUUUCCAGAGAACAUCGCAGUGACCACACUCAGGCCAGACAUGGUCCUGGUGUCAGAAACAACAAGGCAAGUGGUCCUGCUGGAGUUGACUGUCCCCUGGGAAGACAGGAUGGAGGAGGCUUUUGAGAGGAAGAGGGCCAAGUAUGAGGAGCUGGCAAGUGAAUGCCGAAGCAGGGGAUGGAAGACCCGAUGCAACCCCAUCGAGGUCGGGUGCAGAGGCUUUGCUGGCCAGUCUCUCAUCAGGGCGCUGAAGAUGCUGGGACUGAGAGGACUGCAGAACAGAAAAGCCAUCAGAAACAUCAGUGACGCAGCGGAGAAGGCGUCCAGAUGGCUGUGGAUCAAGCGGGGCGAUCCGUGGAAUAAAUGCUCUUAAGACACAAGCCGGGGCUUGAUCACCCCCGGUUGGGUCCCCUGGUGAGGGUGUAUGUUGUGAGACCCGAAACACCCAAUGAUCGCAGGUCACAACACUGACGA